AUGGUAGAUGACUACUCUUUUACUGUGGACUUGAAUAAGCCUAUUGUCUUCCAGGUUGGCCAUCUUGGGGAAGCUUACUAUGAAUGGGUUCAUCAACCUAUUAUUGACAAGGAAUGCCCCAGAUUCUUUGCAAAUGACUUUUUUGAGCUUUUGACCCGCACAGCAUGGUGGGUGGUUCCAGUUGUUUGGCUGCCUGUAGCAUCCUGGUUUAUUUCCAAUUCUUCUCGAAUGGGGCUUACUGAUCAUCCCGAUCAGCUUGUUUUAACUGUGGUUAGUGGCAUCUUUGUUUGGACCUUGGUGGAGUACAUCCUUCAUCGCUUCCUUUUCCACAUGAAAACAAGAAGCUACUGGCGAAAUACCAUUCAUUAUGCUAUACAUGGCUACCAUCACAAGUACCCUAAGGAUGCAAUGCGACUUGUUAUGCCCCCUCCAGCUGCCGCUGCUCUAAGUGUUCCGUUUUGGUUACUGUUUAAGGUUUUAUCACCUCCAUCAGUAGCUCCUGCUUUGUUUGGAGGCGCUGUGUUGGGAUAUAUAGCAUAUGAUCUCACUCACUAUUACCCGCACCAUGGAAAGCCUUCUAAAAAAUCUACUCUAAAACUCAAGAGGUAUCACUUGAACCAUCACUUCAGAAUUCAAAGCAAGGGAUUUGGGGUCACUUCCUCCUUAUGGGACUAUGUUUUUGGAACAGUUCCUUCCACAAAAGCUGCCGAGAAAAAACAGAACUAAUUAGGCCAUCCUAACCGAUGGCUGGCCAGAUGGCCCGUUUUAGCC